GGACCAGCAGUAGCAGCAGCAGCAGCAGCCGCCGGGCAGCGCUCCUUUGUGUCCUCACCGCGUUCAGAAAACGCGGUGCAAAUCUGUGCUCUGAAGUGAAAGUAUACAUUUGACGGCUUGACAACCUGUCUUCAACCGGAUAGCAAGAGUGAUCAUUACGAUAGUGAAGUGUUUUAAGCAGCCGCCGUUUCUACUCGGGCCGUCCUGCUGCCACUGACAUCACUCCGUGCGAUGACGACAUGAUAAACCUGCGUAACUUUUGCUCGCCUCAACAUUAAAUUGGGACAAAAUUAUCCAGUAUGGACAGCGAGCGCAGCAACUGCAGGCCUCAAAUCGGAGACAAAAGCCCGCGGAGCCGCUAGCAGACGUCCGUGGCUGCUACAGCUCGCUCAGGAUUUUCGCCCCUGAUCGGGAGGAUAAGACGGACAGAACCACGGGGGAGCUCACUGUGACUGGCCACAGUCACCACAUCUGCAGCACACUGGUGUUACGUCUGCACGGUGCAAAUGGGUGAGCAACAGCUGUAAAGACAUCUUAAUAUCUGAAGAGGGACUGAGUUAUGUGAAGCCAAGAGUGGAGUAGCUUUACAUUGUCCUGGUGACCACCUUGCUCCAAACAACACUGGCAUGUCACAGUUCUCAAACAGUGACCUCUUGCUGUCUGAGGUCUGCAUUUCCACCAACAGCAAUAAUUCUGAGGAUGAUAUGAGCUACGAGGUUCAGCAAGCUUAUAGGAUAUUCUCUGGCCUUCUGCUGGACAAGCACAAAGGGAUCACCAGCCCAUUCGUUCAUCCCAACGGCCACCAUGAGGUCCAGCGUGGUACCGGGGGAGUCCAGGGUCGGAUUCAGUCACAACUCAGGCAGUCCAUGUGCCUGCAGAGGAUAGAGGAGAAGUUUAUGAACAAGGAAUAUGAGACCAUCACGGAGUUUGUUGCCGACUUCAGGCUGAUGUUGGAGAACUGUUACCGCUACCACGGUGUGGACCACUGGAUUUCCAAACAGGGUCAAAAGCUAGAAAUCAUGCUGGAGCAGAAGCUUACGUUGCUGUCCAGGACAUUGCGAGAGAAGACAACCCUGGCUGUGACGUCUAAAGGGCAUUUUGGUGUUGAGGACGAGCGGAGCCCAUGGGGAACGUCCACGAGGAGGAGACUGGCACCCCGUAGCCUAACUACAAUCACCGUCGGUGGACAUGAGUCUGUCAUGGUACAGGCACUACGCAUGGAAGAACAACAGAGGGCCAAGGAGGAGAAGAGACAACGUGAACUCGAGAAGAAAGAGGCAGAAGAAAUGUCAGCCAAGGAACUGGAAGAGUGGGAGCAGAGUUUACUGUCUCAGGCAUCCCCCCACACGGUGGACACCCUUUGGGAACUCCCUGCUAUCGGGCACUUUCUCUGUCUAGCUCAGACUGCCCUUAACCUCCCUGAGAUAGUAUUUCUCGAGCUGGAGCGUUGUUUGCUGAUGCCACGAUGCAGCCAGCUCCUCUCCAAAAUCAUGUCUUCCCUACUGUCACCCCCUCAGCGGAGAGCGACUGUGCACCAACGGCCUGCGUUGCCCUAUCGUCGCUGGGAGUCUGAGCUGAGGCAGCGUGUCAUGGGUUGGUAUCGAGCUGUCGGAGCUUCCCAUGAUCAACCCCGGCGGGCUGAGCAGCUAGGACUUUCCCACCAGUUUUUCAGAAUACUGGGAGAGGUGAGUCCUUUGGAGGACAAACCCUUUCAUCUGCUGCCCUUCUACCAGCGGGCUUGGAUUUUGAAGGGGCUGUGUGACCAUGUGUAUGAGACGCAGAAGGAUGUGCAACACGCUGUGCUGGCCCAGCCCAUCCAUGAAUGUCGAGAGUCUAUUUUGGGCUAUGACAGCAAAGAGAAUGCCUAUAUACAUUUCCCGCAUUUCUGUGGGGCAGACCUGAGAAUCUAUUGUCAGAGCCCCAGCACACCGCCAUCAUUUCCGUUUCCAUCUAUUCUGGUGAAAAGUGAAAAAAGGACAGCGGGUGAUACUAUGAAGGGAAUAAAGAAUGAGAGGGUUAAAAAAAAAAGAGAAUCUGAAGAUUUAGGAAACAAGACAACAGGGACACUAGAGGUUUUCAAAAAUGAGAACAUAGAAAUAGAUAAAAACAGGUUUCAUUUGUGGUCACUGAUGACAGAGGAGGCAUCUGAGUCAAGUUCUUCUGAUGGAGACUCAUGCAAAGACUCGAAAUCUGACUUAAAAGCACAUUCUAACUUCUUAUCUCCCACACAUAAUAGUCUUUUGGGAGGACGGGGUGUGAACAUUAAUGUGAAGAAAGAAAUUUCUGAUGAAGAGCAAGGAUCCAAGGAGGAGUGGGGCUUCUCAUUGGGUUCGGAGCGUGCCAUUAAACCAGAAACGGAUCUCUUUCUGAAUGUAGGGGAGCACAGCUACACAGGUCGGUCGCCUGCUCACUCAGGAAAUCUAGGCUUCCCAGUUAGACCUCUGGGACUCAAAACGGAGGUGAGUCCCACUCAGGGAAACCAACCAUUUCCCUGUUUGGAAUGUUUUGGGAGCAAAACUAGUAAUGUUAAGUCAGCAGGGCAAGCCUGCUGCUGCGGCAGAGCUGGACAAGCAGCGGCGUCGUCCUUACAGAACACUCAGAACUCAAGCGAAGAGAGGAUGAAUAACCAAAUCUGGACUAAAAAAAGAAAGCGGAAGGAAAAGCAUAAGACGGAACAGCCUCUAAGGGAGAGAACAGAACACCAGCGCCUGCAGCAGGGGGGCAGGAUGAGGCUUUCUCCGUCUGAGGCUGCCAGGUCUACAGUUCUUAAGGUUGCCACAACAAUCAAGAAAGAGGGAAAAAAGAGCAAGUGUAAAAUUGGGAAAAAGCCUGAAUCUUCAAAGAAAAUUAAAGAGGAGUCUCCAUCUGAGCCAUCUUUUAAGUUGGUUUGUACAAGUCUUGAGGAACUGCGAGAGCUGAUCAGUAAGAUAGAGGAUGAGCUGGAUGACUUGGAAAGCACGGAAAAGAAAUUGGGUCGGUGGUACUGCAGGAGAGAGGCAGUAAAAGAGCUCCAUAGCACUCUAAUUAGGCUUCUAAAUGAGCUUUUACCCUGGGAACCCAAACUUGUCAAGGCCUACCAAAGGAACAGACUUCGUUUGAAAAAGGAGUUUGAUGAUUUCAAGAAGCACCCAGAGUACAAUAACUUUGUUCGUGAGGACUGCGUAUCAUCAUCAUCAUCAGAUGAUGAUUGCGAUGAAGAAGAGAUGGAUGUGGACACGCAUCAUUGUGGAGGAUUAGAAGAGGAGGACCAGGACCAUAUUGUUCCUAGGGGCCUUUGGAGUGGAGCAAACACCAGGGAGUUGAAUGCUGAGUCAGCUGCAGAGAAAACUGUGACCUACGUACCUCAGAACCACCUAAAACACAGCCCAGAGAGCGCUAAGAUUACUUUUGCUGAUUUGAGGGGAGAAUCAACAUCGGAACUGAGCCCAACAAAGCAAUCUCAAGAUUUGGCAUGGACGUCGAGGAUGUCAGCUCAUACGUCAGUGUCGCCCACACGUGCUGUCCCUCACCCCAACAGUGGACUACCCAAGGGCUACACACCCAUCCCCACCCUGCUGGCCAAGAGUGUGGGGAACAAAGUGACCUUGAUGAAAAGACCGACUGAUUUUGCAGAUGUGUCCAGCGCAGAUGGACAGACGAAAGGGUCUUUGGCUUCCCUACGUUCUUCUGUAGUUAACGUGUCAAAAGCUUUAAAAGCAGAUUGUUCUCCAUUCAGCUCCCAACAGAAUUUGCAGCAAAUGGCAACACAAAGGCCUCAGCAGGUGCAAGUAUUUGGGUACCCCGGAACAACAACAACAGAACAUCUUCUGAAAACAGCAGAAGCCAAACCAUCCCAAACUGAACCAAAAAGCCCUAUCCAAGUGAUGUACAAAGUACCUGAGGGACUGAGUGACCUUGUAAGGAAAGAUGGCAGCAGCCCCGUCAAGAUUUCUGGUUACUCUGCUCUGGAUCAGAACACUUCAGAGCAGGUGAUGCAGCAAGUGGUGAUCCUACCUUCUAACCUUCUCAUUCAAAAAGCAGAAGCAAAGAUGUCUCCCUCAAAACAUUCUAAGGACAUUCAGGUCACAGUGUCUAAAGGGGUCAGCCCUGUAUGCAUAUCUACUGAUGUGCCUGGGUUCAGCAUUCCUGAGAAUAAAAUCCCUGUUCACCAAGUAGCUCCAUUGAAGGAUCCCACAACAGGGAAGACGUCUCCUUUUAUUCCCCCUCAUCUGCUGAAAGAAGGCCUAAACACAGUAGGAUCUAAGGGGACAACCGUUUGCAGUGUUCUAGCCAGCACAUCGCAAGGUAGCACGUCAUCUGGUUCGAACAUCACAACUCAUUCCAGUGCAGUUUCUACUGAAAAUGUUAAAUCUACAGACCCUGGACAGGAGCUGAAGACUGUCUGUAUCCGAGACUCACAGUCCAUCCUAGUAAGAACUAGAGGGGGGAACACAGGCAUCGUCAAAGUCCAGACUUCCUCAGAUCAGAAUGCAAUUGGGGCCUUUCCCAGCUGUCCAGUCAUUACUAUAUCCCCUCAGUUUAAAGCCUUUCUUGUGUCAAAGACGUCAACACCCCUCUCUUCUUCUGCUCCUUCUCAGACUCCCCCUUCCACUGUCACAGCAGUGACGGGUAUCUCAGCGACCCUGCCACAGAAGCACAGUGCUUUGGUAUUAACGGCCCCUUCCAAUAACACAAAUUCUGUUUCCACCACAGCAACAAGUAGCAUUCCUGUAACAAGCAUAAAACCGAGAAAUGAGAUUAAAACCACUUCUAAUGCUUUAAGUCGAGGCUCAAGUACCUUGCCAGCUUCUGGAGUUGAAACAAAGGUUUCCCAACAGCUACAGAGAACUCAUGUUGGUUUUCACGUUCCAGUUUCAAGUAGUUCUGGGGCUCCCCAAGUCCUCGCACAACAGUUAGUCACCAACACAGGUGUGAAACGUACCAAUCCAGAGGAGAGAUCCCCAAUUACUAAAUACAUCCUGGUAACCCCAUCUUCUUCCUCACCCUCCGCCUCAAAUGUAGCCAUAUCAAAAGGCACAAGCCUCUCCACAAACUCAGCUUCCAGUUCAAGAGUUGUGUUCAUCGGCCAGCCCGCAGCGCCAUCGUGUAUCAACUUCAUGGGAAGCAAUCCACAGCAAAUGAACACCUCAUCAUCACCUCUAAAAACGGCAUCAAGUCCAUCCCAGUCUCUUCCCAGUGUCACCUCAGAGGCGUUGUCCAAGGCUAACAACAUUACUCUACCCUCAGGGGUUCAAAUCCAGUUGUCGGGGACAACGACUACUAUUGGGCAGAAUAUUGGUACCCUGUCACAGUCUCCUCUGAAGGGGGUACCAGUGUCCUACUCAGGAACAUGCUGUCCAACAGCCACCACCAACAACAUCGGACUGGUCCCAGCAACAAAUGUAAUUACAAUCAAAAGUUCUCCAUCCCAGCUUGGCACUUGCAGUUCUUUCACCACCAGCUCUUCACUUCGAGGCAUCCCAUCCCUCUCCGUAAGUUCCCAGUUAAGCUGCUCCACAUCCACUUCUCCUGCUGUCACCAUGGCCGCAGGAAACAUUAACAGGAAGGAACUUGGUACGCCUGCAAGUGUGCUGUCCAACAGUUCUCUUGCUCAGAUGACCACGACGGUUGGGAGUAGCACAGUCCAAGCACCAAGCCCAAACCCGCCCCAAUUAGACCGUGGUCCCUUGUAUAUUAAAAGUGGCAUUAGUGAGGAGAAAACACCUUUCCUGUUACCUUCUCAACAUACUUGUGAUAAAAUCCAAACCCCUUUUACCUCUACACCAACCACCUGCACCACAUUCACCGCCUCAACUAGUGGCACAGUCCAGCAGAGGAUCAUCAUCAACACCUCUGCGCCCCUCACAGCUGGAACACAAAUCCUUCUUAAUGGUGUGCGGUUCGUAGUCCCUCCCCAGGGUUUGGGUCCAGGAAGCCAUGUUCUCAUCAUCUCUAGCCCUGCACAAGUGCCUACUGCCAGUUCUACUAGCACUGGAGCGUAUGUAUCCCCAAAAGGGGCAAGUCAUGCCAGUUUAAGCCCACAAACACCAAUUUUACGACAAUCCACGGCUAGGCUGCCUGGUAUGCCAGUUGUAAAUUCUUUCCCAGCGUGCACCCCAGCAGCUGGUCCAUCUUUGUUGGCAAGCACUCAUCAAGUCACCCCAUUCAGACUUACGGGAACACCUGUCCUGGGUUCAACGCUACCCGCCCAAAAAAAUGUUAUAUCAGCAAAUUUGAGGCUGCCAUCAGCACAUGCAAGUAAUUUUGCAUCGCCUGCUGUUAGUACACCCUCUUUGCUGUCUUCUACACUGAGUUUAGGAAGUGUACCAGCCCCAGUUUCCCCAGUGGUAAGUAGUGCGUCUGCUCUCGUUUCAGUCAAGGUAGCUGCUGGUACAGCAACUCAAGCUGAAUGUUCACUCAACAAGUCGUCUGCUUUAGCAUCCCCCUUGCCGGCAACUCUCUCAUCAUUGCCUCUAUCACCAUGUCUUUCAGUGGGUGCUCCUUGUAGCCCCAUUAUACCAGUUCCUGCACCCCUCUCCUCAACUGCAGCUUCAAUAGCAACAGGGCACCAGCAGGUGAUUGCAGUGGCUGCUUUUGGUUCCACUUCACAGCUCCAGCACACAGCAGUUAGCGCUGCUGCUCCCUCCCCAAUUCAUCCACAGGACGUAGUUGAAACAGGACUAACGAAUGCAUCUAUCAAAAAAAAUAUAUCAGUCAUGCCACCAGUGGUUGUUGGUACACGCAGACCAAUAUUGCCUACUGUUGCAGUCCCACCAAUUGGGUCCAGGAUGCAAACACUACCCAUUGCUACUGUUCCACCAAUUGGAAGCACUGUCAGCACUUUUGAAACGGUUCCUGUGGCGGGUCCACCGUCAUCAAGCACUGUUAUAACUCCAACUCAACCGAUCACAUCACUGAUGUCUAAAAACGCAGCUCACCCACCUGUCAUAUGGACCAAUGAAGCACUUACAAAGCCCUCUGUGCAGACUUCAGCCUUGAGUAAGCAUAGCAGUGUAACAUCAAAGCUGCUCAUUAGUCCUGAUGGUGCUGUUUUGAGUACUUUUCAGUGCCAGGUCAAUCCAGCAGAGAUGAUUUCCUGCCCUAAACCAUUGGAUGCACUGGUGAUUUCGUCCAACAGUUCCACAGCACAACAAACACAUGAUUCCACUUCACGGCCUCCACAAUCAGACACAAAAUGAACCAACUGAACCAGAGCUAUGUGACAGACGAACACAAUUUAUCAGCUGCUUAGUCUUUCCAGGGCUACAGUACUGUCUGUUGUCUGUAUCAAUAGCUGCUUCCAUCUAUAAUUUGAUUCAACUUACAUUUUUGAUACAAUAAGUUUAACCCUCUGGUGAGAUCUUUUUUUUUUUCUUUUAGAAACUUGGUUUGUCAAACAUACUGAAACUGUGUGUUGUCUGUAAUAGGUUGCUUCAGUGGAAACUACUGAGAUUGUCCUAAUAUGAAUGUUCUAGACUUUCAGAAAUUAAUUUCAUGGCUAGUAAUUUGCAACAAGUGAGAGGGCAGGGUAGAUUUAAUCAAUUUCAAGCAGAGCCUUUGCAAAUAAACUUUUCAAUGCAGUUAGAUACUGAUUCGCAAAAUAAAUUGUUUAUAAGUCAUGAUGGUAAGUUGUUCUUCUUUAUGCCAUUUUGAAAAUACAUGUGUUGGCAUUCAAUUUUCAUAUCUCUUUUUAAAACUGUACUCCUUGAAAAACUACACUUUUUUUUUAGAAAUAGAAACUACUAGAUACAUUUUUACUACAUGUUUGAGUCAAUAUUAAUGGAGUUUUGGAGUCACAUUUAUUUAUUUUUACCAUAUAGAUUUUUCAAAAAUAUUUACUAGAUACAUUUUCAUGGAACAAGUGUGGACAAUACUGCAUGGAAAUAAACAAUGCAACUGUCUGGAAUAAGUGUUGUUUUUUAACACAAUGUAUCAUGAAUUCAUUUAUUGUUGUUUGUUGACAUAACAUUAAGUUCAUAAAUUGUGUUUGUAAUCUUUUUUUAAAGGGAAAGACAUUUUUUCCCUCUGUUAAUGUAUUUAGCUGUGAAGCAUGAGGAACCAUAUGAAUAGUAACAUCUCAUUUUACUAGUGUCAUAAAGAAAAGGAAGUUCAGAGUUCAUUCUUCAGUGUUUCCCAUUUUUCUACCAUCCGUCAGCACUCGUUCUUCAGGGGGAAUAGGGAGGAGGCAUUGGUCCCGAAGAAAUCUUUUCAUAGGCUGGAGGAGCAUUA